AUGGAAAUGGGAAAUGAUCAUGCGUUUCUCUUUUUGGAUGGUUUUUUUCUGGAUUCUCAACCCGACGCUCUAAGAUCCGUGUUACGCGUAACCCGACCCGAAUGUAAACCCGACCCGGUAAACUUCCCUGUUCAAUUUGGGCCAAGAUGCUAUUUAAACAAGAGCUUUAGAAAAGCCUAUGGAGCUCUCAAGGACUCUACCAAGGUUGGCCUUGCCAAAGUCAAUAGCGAAUACAAGGAGUUGGAUAUUGCAAUUGUAAAGGCUACCAAUCACGUGGAAUACCCUCCAAAGGAACGUCAUAUUCGAAAAAUAUUUUAUGCAACAUCAGCACACCAGCCACGAGCAGAUGUCACAUACUGCAUUCAUAAACUUUCCAAGAGACUUUCCAAAACUCGAAGCUGGAUAGUUGCGAUAAAGACAUUAAUAGUCAUUCAUAGGACUUUAAGAGAGGGUGAUCCUACCUUCAGAGAAGAGCUUCUCAACUACUCACGUAGGGGACAAAUUCUCCAAAUAUCCAACUUCAAAGAUGACUCAAGCCCCCAAGCUUGGGAUUGUUCUGCAUGGGUUCGAACAUAUGCACUAUUUUUAGAAGAACGACUUGAAUGCUUUAGAGUCCUUAAAUAUGAUAUAGAAUCAGAGCGUUUAACAAAACCAUCACCAACUGCAACUAAAGCUCAUAGUAGAACUCGAUCAUUGGCUAGCGAGGAACUGUUGGGGCAGUUACCUGCCCUACAACAACUCCUAUAUCGCCUUAUUGGUUUGCAGUAUGCAUUGGCCCUGGUUUUGAAAGAAAGUUUCAAAAUAUACUGUGCACUCAAUGAUGGAAUCAUCAAUCUCGUGGAUAUGUUCUUCGAUAUGACAAGACAUGACGCAGUGAAGGCUCUAAACAUUUAUAAAAGAGCUGGUCAACAGGCUGAGAAUCUUGCAGACUUCUAUGAAUAUUGCAAGGGCUUGGAACUUGCCAGGAAUUUCCAGUUUCCAACACUGAGACAGCCACCUCCCUCUUUCCUUGCAACUAUGGAAGAAUACAUCAGAGAAGCACCUCAAACCGGAUAUGUUAACAAGAGAUUGGAGUAUCAAGAAAAUGAUGAAUCACCUAAAGAAGAUUCAGAAUCCAAUGAAACUGAAGAGCCUCAAGAAAAUGAAGAACCUACUGAGGAAGUCAACGAGGAAGUCAAUGAGGAAGAGCAGGUAGCAGAGGGGGAAGCACAGCCUAAGGAGGAAGAGGUUGAGCCUCCUCCUUUGAUAUCAACUGAUGAUGGUACAAAUGAUUUGUUGGGACUUAAUGAAGCCAAUCCAAGAGCUAUGGAACUGGAGGAAAAUAAUGCUAUGGCUCUUGCAAUUGUACCACAUGGUGGAAGUAAUCCAAACAAUCUUGCUUUGAGUAACAUUGAUGGGACUACUGGUUGGGAACUUUCGUUAGUUACAAAUCCAAGUAACCAUACUAGUCAAGCCACAGAUCGCAAAAUGGCCGGUGGUUUUGAUAAGCUGUUAUUGGACAGUCUGUAUGAAGAUGAAAAUGCCAGGAGACAACUUCAACUCCAAAAUGCAGGUUAUGGACGUGGGGGAACCAUGGAAAUACAUAACCCUUUUGAUCAAUGUAACCAACAACAUGAUCCAUUUGCAAUGUCCAACAACAUAGCACCCCCACCAAAUGUGCAAAUGGCACUAAUGGCUCAACAACAACAGCAGCAACAAAUGAUGUUCCAACAACAACAGAUUCUGUACCAACAACCACAACUACACAACAUGAUGAUGGUUCCUCAACAGCAGCAACAGCCUCAUAACCAAUACCCUCAACAGCAGAUGCAGAGUUCUGGUUCUCAUAAUCCCUUUGGAGAUCCCUUACCAGUACCAAACUACAAUCAAAAUUUCAUACCCCCACAAGGAAAUUACAAUUUAAUGUAG